UGGGCUCCCUCGCUUUGUAAGUUUCCGCAGUUGGCUAGGCUAGCCCCGGCGCUGGGAUUUUUUUUUUUUUUUUUUCCUUUCCCCUUUCUCACUUCCCUACCAUGUUUUUGAACUGCCUUCCUACCGACGUCAUUGAGCCCUUGAGGAAUAGUUUCUCCCCGGUGAGAUUGAAUGAUAGUUUCUCAUUCACAAAGGCGUGGAGUCCAAAUUCGAAGCAGGGGGGACCCCGGAAAUCACAACUCCCAGGUAAAUCGGCUCUCCCAGCCCCAGGAGGGGGACGCUUGGCGCCGGCGCCGGCUCAGUGCUUGGCUCCAUGGACACGACUGUUUCCUUGUGGUCGCGCUGAAAUGAAACUUCCUUGACAGACCAGACCGGGUUGCAGGACCUCCGGGUCAUUUUCUUUCUCUUUCUCUACCUGAGUCCUCCCAGCCGCGGAAACCUUUGAACCUAUUAUUAUGGAAUUGCAAAAAAAAAAAAAAAAAGAGAGAUCCAGAGACUCUUUCCCCCGAGCUGGCUUCCCUUGUGACCUAGAUGAAGAAUAGGUUGAAAAUGCGGUUCCUCCCUUGGCAAUGCAAGACAGAAAAGAAACUGUCACUUCCGAACAGCCGGGACGGAGUGCACUCGGCGUGCGAGAGGAACGCACUCCAGCGGCUCCGAGCCUUGCCUGCGAGCUGGACCAGGGCGCGGGAGGUGGACUCCAGGAAAAGUGGACCUCUGAAUGCAGCAGCCUUCCUUGGAAAUGGACUAGAUUUCACUUCGGCUUUGCAGAAAAGCAGCUGAGAUGUGUUAAUCAGAACACUUGAAUGUUUCUUUCUUCGGUUUUCUUUUUUUGUUUUUUAUGAUUAUUUUUAAAUUUUGUUUUUCCAAAAUGAGCAUUGUAAUGAAGCCCAGAUCCAGGUCUACAAGUUCGCUAAGGACCACAGAGGCAACUGGUUUUGAUGUGGACAAUGGCACAUCUGCGGGACGGAGUCCCUUGGAUCCCAUGACCAGCCCAGGAUCUGGGCUAAUUCUCCAAGCAAAUUUUGUCCACAGUCAACGCCGGGAGUCCUUCCUCUAUCGAUCCGACAGUGACUAUGACCUCUCUCCAAAGUCUAUGUCCCGGAACUCCUCCAUUGCCAGUGAUAUACACGGAGAUGACUUGAUUGUGACUCCGUUUGCUCAGGUCUUGGCCAGCCUGCGAACCGUGCGAAACAACUUUGCUGCCUUGACUAACUUGCAGGAUCGAGCGCCCAGCAAAAGAUCACCCAUGUGCAACCAACCAUCCAUCAACAAAGCCACCCUAACAGAGGAGGCCUACCAGAAACUGGCCAGCGAGACCCUGGAGGAGCUGGACUGGUGUCUGGACCAGCUAGAGACGCUGCAGACCAGGCACUCCGUCAGUGAGAUGGCCUCCAACAAGUUUAAAAGGAUGCUGAAUCGGGAGCUCACUCAUCUCUCUGAAAUGAGUCGGUCUGGAAAUCAAGUGUCAGAGUACAUUUCAAACACAUUUUUAGAUAAGCAACAUGAAGUGGAAAUUCCUUCUCCAACUCAGAAGGAAAAGGAGAAAAAGAAAAGACCAAUGUCUCAGAUCAGUGGAGUGAAGAAAUUGAUGCACAGCUCCAGUCUGACAAAUUCAAGUAUCCCAAGGUUUGGAGUUAAAACUGAACAAGAAGACGUCCUUGCCAAGGAACUGGAAGACGUGAACAAAUGGGGCCUCCAUGUUUUCAGAAUAGCAGAGCUGUCUGGUAACCGGCCUCUGACUGUUAUCAUGCACACCAUUUUUCAGGAACGGGAUUUAUUGAAAACCUUUAAAAUUCCAGUGGAUACGUUGAUCACAUACCUUAUGACUCUGGAAGACCAUUACCACGCGGACGUGGCCUAUCACAACAACAUCCACGCUGCAGAUGUCGUCCAGUCCACUCACGUGCUCUUGUCCACACCUGCUUUAGAGGCUGUGUUUACAGAUUUGGAGAUUCUUGCAGCAAUUUUUGCCAGUGCAAUACAUGAUGUAGAUCAUCCUGGUGUGUCCAAUCAAUUUCUGAUCAAUACAAAUUCUGAGCUUGCCUUGAUGUACAAUGACUCCUCUGUCUUAGAGAACCACCAUUUGGCUGUGGGCUUCAAGUUGCUUCAGGAAGAGAACUGUGACAUUUUCCAGAACUUAACCAAAAAGCAAAGACAAUCCUUAAGGAAAAUGGUCAUUGACAUUGUACUUGCAACAGAUAUGUCAAAACACAUGAAUCUCCUGGCUGAUUUGAAAACUAUGGUUGAAACUAAGAAAGUGACUAGUUCUGGAGUUCUCCUUCUUGAUAAUUACUCAGAUAGGAUUCAGGUCCUUCAGAAUAUGGUGCAUUGCGCAGACCUGAGCAACCCCACCAAGCCCCUGCAGCUGUACCGCCAGUGGACGGACCGGAUCAUGGAGGAGUUCUUUCGCCAAGGAGACCGAGAGAGGGAGCGUGGCAUGGAGAUAAGCCCCAUGUGUGACAAGCACAACGCAUCUGUGGAGAAAUCACAGGUGGGCUUCAUCGACUAUAUUGUCCAUCCUCUCUGGGAGACUUGGGCCGACCUUGUACAUCCCGAUGCGCAGGACAUCUUGGACACUUUGGAGGACAAUCGUGAAUGGUACCAGAGCACAAUCCCUCAGAGCCCCUCGCCUGCACCUGACGACCAAGAGGAGGGACGGCAAGGUCAAACUGAGAAAUUCCAGUUUGAACUCACUUUGGAGGAAGACGGAGAGUCAGACACCGAAAAGGACAGUGGAAGUCAGGUGGAGGAAGACACUAGCUGCAGUGACUCCAAGACUCUUUGCACUCAAGACUCAGAGUCGACUGAAAUUCCCCUCGAUGAACAGGUGGAAGAGGAGGCCGUAGGGGAAGAGGAGAGCCAGCCCGAGGCUUGUGUAAUAGAUGACUAUUCCCCUGACACGUAACAGUGCAAAGACUUUCACGCCUUUUUUCUUUUUUUUUUCUUUUUUCUUUUUUUUUUUAAAGUAGAAAAGUUGUUUCCAAAGUGCAUGUCACGUGCCGCAACCAUGGUCACACCUCACUAUCAUCUGCCAGGACGUUUGUUGAACAAAACUGACCUUGACUACUCAGUCUGGCGCUCAGGAAUAUCGUAACCAGUUUCUUCACCUCCAUGUCAUCCGAGCAAGGGGGAACAGCUUCACGAACAGCAUUUUAAUAAGAUUUCAGCUCGGUAGAGCUGAUGAAGCCGAUAAAAAUCAACUCCACAAUGUUUUCAAUGGAGCGUGGCUCAUCGGGCAGCCCUAAGGUUGUGAUGGGAUUUGGGGUUUUUGUUUGUUUGCAAUAUUUUCAGAAGAAAUAAGGCAUUGCACAGAGCGGACUUACUGGUUGAGCAGCAGAUACGUCAAGAACAGAACACAGCAUGGAUCUGUUACCAGAAGGAAGAUGAGCCACAGAAAUUGCAUAAUUUUCUAAUUUCAAGUCUUCCUGAUACAUGACUGAAUAGUGUGGUUCAGUGAGCUGCACUGACCUCUGUUUUGUAUGAUAUGUAAAACAGAUCUUUUUUGUAGAGCUUACUUUUAUUAUUAAAUGUAUUGAGGUAUUAUAUUUAAAUAACUAUGUUCAGAACUUCAUCUGCCACUGGUUAUUUUUUUCUAAGAAGUAACUUGCAAGUUUUCAGUACAAAUCUGUGCUACACUGGAUAAAUCUAAUUUACAAAUUUUACUUGCACCUUAUAGUUCAUAGCAAUUAACUGAUUUGUAGUGAUCCAUUGUUUUAUAUACCAACGACUUCCAUAUUUUAAAACAGAAAAAUAUCUUUCUGUUGCAGGAAACCCUUUUUGUAAGUCUUUGUUUACUUUGCUUUUUGUUCCACUCUUCAAGUGGAGUUGCUCUCCACCAACAUUUUUCCUCACAGUGUGCAAAGUGAAUAUUUGUUCUGUAAUACUUUGAUGUGCGUUAUGUCAAAUGUGUCUUAACCCUCAUAGAAACUCAGUCAUCAGCUGGUGUUGUCUGAAGCAAGUGGGAUAUAUAUAAAUACCCAGUAGCUAAAAUGGUCAGUCUUUUCUAGAUAUUUUCCUACUUAGUGUCUUCUGGUGACUUUCUGCUGUGUCGAUAGACAUGCAUCUCCCAAGUGCAUGUCUUUGUAAUAACCUGCACAUUUUGUGCUCAUUUUUAUUGUUUUCACCACCUGUUAUACUAAGAAAAGUAUUUUUCCCUUUCACUGCUUUAUUUAGUGUGUGUCUGAACCUCUGUCCAUGUUCAGUAGAUGGAGUCUUAUCAAAUAUAUCACCACCAUUCUGAUGGGUGAAAAGAAACAGGUAGUCAGGUUACGAUUCCCAUUCUUUUCUUCCAUGAGGUUAUACAUCUUGACUCGGUUUUCUUACUGGGUUCCAGAGAAAAGUUAAUAGUCUGAAAUUCUGCUUAGCUAGCUCUCAACAGUAUAUUAACAAACCCCAGUACAACAGAUCCCCUUUUGUUCCUGUAAUUUCACCAUGUGAUUAAGAACUAGAUGAGGACUAGCCCCGAAAAGUGGUUGUAAGUGUAGGGACUGCUCUCAAAGGACAGCCACGUAACAAAUAGGAAUUGCAUUGUCACCUGUCAUCCACCCAUCAGCAUCAGUCUUGCAGUGGGAGAAUUACUUUUUAAACCACAUUGAGGGAGAGAAAUUGAUGAUUCCACUGGCACCAGAGGGUUGGUAAUGGAAUACAUUUGAAAAUACUGGGUAGGUAAACAGAUUGUGCCUCAAUACAAAAUUAAAGGUCACCUAACUGAUUUCAGCACCAGGAACUGUAUUGCAGGUUUAGAGAUUAAUUCCUUAGUGUUUACCUGCUGAUAGCAAUGGGCAUCAUGGCACAUUCAUUUAGUUUUGAUUUUCCUCCCAUUUCAAUGGUUUGUACAGUCAAGAGGUUUGGAGCUCAGAAUAAUCACUUUCCUAUUAGUAGACAGGAAUUACAGUGAAAAUUAAGGAGAAAUCAAACCAAAUGGAAAAUAAACAGGAAAAAAGUCACAAUCCAGAAAAACACUUGUAUAAAGGAGCCUUCUGGGAACUACAAAAUAAAGGCAUCAGCCCAGGGGAAUGACCCAAGCUGAUGCUACCAUCCCAAGAGCUCAGAACCUUUCUAAUGAACUAAUGGCCAGGUUUCCAUCUCCCCCUGUAGAGGUCAAUUAUAAGUGUUUGUAAACGAAAGCCAAGGUUUGCCAAGUGGUUUCUUGAGAACGUUUGGGAAGGUGUCUGUUUGCUCCUGAGGGAGGUCUAGAAGGAAAGGCAAAGAGUCUUGGUUUCUUUCUCUUUCCAGAACAUUCCCAUUUCCUUCUCUCCCUACACUUGGUAUUUCCCCCCCAGAGUGCCUAGAAUCUUAAAUAAAAAAAAAAAAAAAAAAAAAGCAAUAUGUCACAAACAAACCCAGACCUGAAAGGGUUUAUAACUGCACUAAGAGAGGUUUUCUCCCUCAGUUUGUUGGUCUUUUAGUGGAACCAUGUUAGAAAGAUAGCACCAAUGGACAAUCAAAUUAUAGAAUAGGCCCAAUAUCCAAGAGCCAGGGACUAAUGCACUGUACAAUCUGUUUACCCUCUCCCUUCUCUAUAUUUCUCUCCUUUUCUCUCACCAAAGUGUGCUUCAGAAGUACACACUGCUUUAAGAAGAACACCCUUUUACAAGUGGCUUUACAUUUCCUAAAAUGCCAUAAGAUAAUGCAAUAUCUGGGUACUGUAUGGAAAUAAAAUGUCCAAGUUUGCAUAAAACCAGUACAUUUCAGCUUGCAAGUUACUGAAUACAAUAAUGCUGUUUUUGUUUUGUUUUCUUUUACAUCAGUUAAAAUCCACAAUAAAAUAAUGUAGAUAGAACAAAUUAAAGUCAAAGAAAGAAAACUUGAAUGAAAAGGAUUUUACAGAAAGCUUUAUGGUAAUUUUUGAGUGCAUUAUUUAUUUUUUGUGCCAUGCAUUUUUUUUCUCACCAAAUGACCUUACCUGUAAUACAGUCUUGUUUGUCUGUUUACAACCAUGUAUUUAUUGCAAUGUACAUACUGUAAUGUUAAUUGUAAAUUAUCAGUUCUUAUUAAAACAUCAUCCCAUGAUGGGAUGGUGUUGAUAUAUUUGGAAACUCUUGGUGAGAGAAUGAAUGGUGUGUAUACAUACUCCUUGUACAUUUUCUUUUCUCCUGUAAUAUAGUCUUGUCACCUUAGAGCUUGUUUAUGGAAGAUUCAACAAAAUUAUAAAAUACAUAAAGAUAUAUACAUUUAAAAAUAUAGCUGCAGGUCUUUGGUCCCAGGGCUGUGCCUUAACUUUAAUAUUUUCUUCUGUUUUGCUGCAUUUCAAAGUAAGGUAAUAGUGGGGCUAGGGCUGGGUAUUUUAAAUCCAAGCUUUCAAUUCAUUGGUUAUCUGGAAAUACCUGAAUUUUACAAAAUCAGAUAAGCUCUAGAAGAUUGUGCAGCCCUCAAGACACAAGCUUUUAAGUACACAAGCUUUUAAGUACUUCUUGCCAUGGAGUGGUAUUGCAUAUAGAUUUUGCCUUUUUUGUGGAUCAGGAGCUACUUUUUUUUUCAUUCAAACACUACUAGAAAAAUCUAUCUUUGUCCAGUGAUGAUAGAGUCUCCUUGGCUUCUGGAGCCCACAAGAAAAUUAACUUGAUUGGAAAUUGGAGCCAUAGGUCAUUUCUGUUAGUCACCUAUUAGCUUCCUGUCAUCGUAACAGAAUAUAAAGUACGAGAAAGUUAAGAUUGACCAGAUUUCCUAUGUAUUUGUAAACUCAUUGAAUACAAAUGCCAGUUUACAUAGUAUAAAGGAUUUGCCAUUCUCUAGAAUUUUUUUCUUCAAAUAUUAUGUCUUUUUAGGAUAUAAUUUAACCCCCCCACAAUGACCAGCUCCUGAAAGCACUGAAAAAUUUCUCAUGGAUAAUAUGAAAGCCUCUUCCCACUGCUGCCCAGCCCUUGGAACUUGUGACUUCAUCAGUGAAGGGAGAGAGCCUUUUCCUAGGAAAAAUGAGCCUCUUAUUUUUGACACAAACUGUAGAUUUUAGCAGCCCUGGCCCAAAGGAAUUUGAUUACUUUUGUUUUAAACAGUACAAAGGGGACACUAUAAGUACAAAAAACAUCCUUACUGAUUUUAGUUGUUUUUUUAAUUUCAUUUCUUUGGAUAUGUUUUAAGAGUGGUAAUUGUGUGUGAGCAUUAUAAAUGAUUAUUUUAGUGGUUUCUUAGCCUCUUACAGCCCAUGGGGAUAGUACUGUACAUCAAUACCUUCAUAUGAAAUUUUUAUAUGCAACAAAAAUAAAAGCAUGGGUUGAUUCUGCCUA